GCUUGUCUGCAAGUUCUAGCACAGCUCUGCAAAAAUGAUCCGGCAAAUCUGCGUCGCAGCAUGUGAUUUUCUGUCUGGAACAUCUGCAAUGUAUUUCCAUCCAGAUAAACCCUGGCUGGUGACAGCUCAUCUGGGGAAUCAGAUCACCCAAUUAUCCAGAGGUAAUCAAGAACACAGGACAGCCCAUCCUUUGGCCCCACCACUGCCACCAGAACCUCAGCUGGCUUCUUCCCUUCUUGGAGAGAAGGAUAAUGAGAAGGAGGUGGAUAAGAAACCUGCACCUGUUCCUACAGCAGAAUCAAUCUACAUGAGCUCUCUGCUGGGAGCUGAAGGUGCAGAAGAAGACGCAUUUCUCCUGCCUGGCACCCUCAGCAGCAGCAUGAGCACAAUGGAAGACCCCAGAGUCCGGCCGCAGAAGAAAUCCCAGCUGACAGAGGAACUGCUGGAGCGACUGAGGGGCAUUGUGAACGAGGGGGACCCUAUGACAAAAUACACUGAAUUCGUUAAAAUUGGCCGAGGGGGUUUCGGGACUGUUUACAAAGCCAUCAACCCAGCCACAGGAGAUGUGGUGGCCCUAAAGAAGAUGCCUCUCCGCAAACGGAACAGAAAGGAACUCGUUGUCAAUGAGAUCCAGAUCAUGAAGGAAAACCGGCAUCCCAAUAUUGUCAAUUAUAUAGACAGCUACCUGGUGGAUGAAGACCUGUGGCUUGUGAUGGAAUAUGUGGAUGGAGGCACUUUAACCAGCGUUCUUGUCCGAGUCUUUAUAGAGGAAAGAGUUAUAGCUGCUAUCAGCAGGGAGUGCCUCAAAGCCCUGGCUUUCCUUCAUUCAAAGAAUGUGAUCCACAGAGAUGUCAAAAGUGAUAAUAUUCUUCUCGGGAUGGACGGAUCUGUGAAACUGACUGAUUUUGGCCUGUGUGCUCAGCUGACCCCGGAGCGGAGCACACGGUGCACAGUGCUCGGCUCUCCUUACUGGGUAGCACCAGAAAUCCUGAAAAGAAAGGAGUAUGACACCCAAGUGGACAUCUGGGCCCUUGGGAUUGUGGCCAUUGAAAUGCUGGAGGGAGAACCUCCAUACUUUAAAGAAAGCCCUGCCCAGGCUCAGCGCCUGAUAGCCCAGAACAGGUACCCCCCUCUGAGGAUGCCCAGCAAGAUGUCCAUUCUGUUCCAUGCCUUCCUGCACUCCUGCCUGGACAUCGACCCCAGCAUCCGCUGGACAGCCAGGGAGCUCCUGGAGGUAAAGGGCCAGUGGCUGCAGGGGAAAUUCUCUCCUCUCCAGGUGCCCUCCUCUCCUGUUAAUCCUCUGUCUGGGUGCUUUUCAAAGUAGAAUCAUAAGAAUUUGACUUGGAAGAGACCUCUAAAGUCCAUCUGGUCCAACCUCCCUGAUAAUAGGGGCAUCUUCAGCUUGAUCAGGUUGCUCAGAGCUCUGUCCAACCUUACUUUGGAUGUUUUCAGGGAUGGGGCAUCCAGCACCCCUCUGGGCAGCCUAUGCCAGUGUUUCACCACCCCUAGCAUAAACAAUUUCUUCCUUAGACCUAACCAGAAUCUCCUCUUUUCAUUUAAAACGAUUACCCUUUGUCCCUUUGCAACAGGCCCUACUAAAAACGGGUCCCCUUCAAGUUUUGAAAGGCUGCAAUAA